AUGGAUCUUCUUAAAUGCUUCACCCUUUUUACACUGCCUCAUCCUGCCCUGUGGCACAUGGAGAUGAACUCAAGAGAGCACACCAACAGUCAGGAUUGUCAUUCUAGAAUUAGAGACUCAUCCUGGCUCUUUUUUUUCCUGCAGAGGCCCAGGUUCACCCAUGCACUCUCUAUCAUGCUCCUACUGUUUCCGGUGAAAACCCUGCAAGCGACUUCAGAAAGAGGCGGCAGCGGUGGCAAGAGCAGUGAUGAUGUUACUGUGAGUUUGUUAGUCUGUCUGCUGCUGCUCCUUCUCGUCUUGCUGUUCCUUGCGUGGCGUCGGCUGAGCCAGAAGUCAGAAGGGAGGUACCAUCCCCAGCGCCUGCUGCAGGGCAUGAUCCUCCAAUGGCGAGAGCUUAGGGGGGAGGCACUCCCUGAGGAGCUGUCCCAUGGAUACCAGGAUGAGAAGCACAGAGACGAAGAGCUUGGAGAGAAGCAGCAAGUUGAUAUGGGCGAAGAGGGGAUGCAGCUGCUCCUCCAGCAGGAAGACAAUGAGAAUGAGGAGGAGGAGGAGGAAGCAUUCCAGGAGAUGGAUGCUCCUGAGCCAGCAGAAGAGGCAGGGCUGCAGGAGGCCUCGGAGAAAGACGGGGCAACAAGGGCAGCAGAGGGCAGUGCAGAAGCCCUGCUUAGUGAUCUGCAUUCUUUUUCUGGAACAGCAGCCUGGGAGGACUCCAGCAAACAUUUGCACGUCACCGCUCUCUAGAAGCAGGACAGAAGGCACCGUCGGGCUCACCGCAAAGACAACUAUGGCCUGAAGGCAGUGCUCAGCCGCAGCCUCCCAGGUGACAGGCCCCCCACAGAUCCAAGGCCCCCCUCUUCCCCCACAGACAUGGCCAAGGCUUCUCCUCGCCCAUGAUGCCUAUUUUCCCGUUCUUGCUUGUACCACUGCAUUUGCUUGCUCGUAGCCUGUGUUUUUUGGUUUUUUAAAAGUACCUUACUUAUGAUCUUA